AUGGAUAAGAAAGAUUGUCCCUAUGCAUUCAUCUGCCAUCAUCAAAUUAAAAUUCAAUGUAAUCCAUUGAACAAGGAAACUAUUCUGAACAAGAUUUACGAGAUAUUACACUCGAUCACUGUUAGAAAAGACCAUUUUAUUAGUAAGAGUUCUAAAUUAGGAAGAUUUUUGAUAUCUGGCCAAAGUCAAAUGAAAUUGAAACAUUUGCUAGAUCUAAAUAGCUGUUUAGCUAUCGCUCUAGACGAAAACCACCGAAGUAGAUCAAACACACAACGCAUCAAUAUUAACUUGCUUUUAGGAACAAUUGAAAAAGAGGGAGCAAAAAAUGCAGAUGUUAUUGUGAAUUCUAUAAGUCUGCGAAAUUAUGCAUCAGGUGCCAUCGCCAAAGCAUUAUAUACAGCUGGUGGUAAGCAAUAUCACUCUGAAUGCAAAACUCAGUUAGAUUCUUUAGGAGCUGAAGAUAUUGGAAGCACCAGUGGAAGCUUUUUUGGCUGUAAAAAAGUGUAUCAUAUUCCAUUCUUAAGCUCUUGCAAAUCUAUCUCAUGGUUAAAGGACAAGUUAAAAUGUUGCCUAGAAAAAGCUAAUAAAGAAUCGAUGAAAUCGAUAGCAAUUCCCGCUAUUGGAAUUGGUAAGAUUGGGUUACAGAUCGAUCAGGUGAUUCCGGGUAUGUUUGAUGUGAUUUCAAACUACUCACAUCAGCAUAAAAAUAACACUUCCUUGAAAACAGUUUAUUUUGUUACUCUACCAACUCAAACUGAUCAUCAUCGACAAUUCAGAGCUUUACUACGUGAUAGAAAUGAUAGCUUAAUUGGACAGCAAGAUCAACUUAUAGCAACAUCAGAUACUAUGCAAUGCCCUGACAAUACUGUAACAGCUACAAUAUCGGCAGCUAUACCAUUCAAUCAAAUACAUGAUCACAAAACGAUUCCAUUAGUUACAAAGAGUAGUAAUAGCAAUGUUGUACAUAAAUCUAAUCUUAGCUACGAGCUUUAUUUCACCGUUCACUGCUAUAAUGAAAGUAAAUGUAAACUAUUCCGUGUUAACCUCUAUCAUGGAAAUAUUAUGGGAGCUACAACAAAAUCUAUUCUCGAUAUGACAGCAUUAUGCGAUCAACAUCGCCAAUUAAAGACAUUAGAUGGUAUAAUGGAGAGUAAUAGUCCACAGCAUACAUUGAAAACUUUGCAGUAUUUACCUAAUUUCCAUUCCAAUUAUAAUUUAUAUCAAAUAUGCCCAUACGGAUGUUUAACAGGUGUAAAUCAAUUAUUAAAAUCUAUUAGUACCUAUGGAGAUCAAUCUGUAUCACUCCCAUUACCAGGUAUAGAAUUCAACGAAGAGCAUACUUAUCAGAUAUUCAAAGCGAUAGAAUUGUUUCUCACUAACAACGAUCAUAAUGGGAACAGGCUAGAUUGUAUCGAUUUUGCCUUAGGCUCUAAGGAUCGAGUUGAAGAGAUUGCAACGUGGAUAAGAGAAGAGAUUACUAAAUCAAGAUUAAAAUUGCGAUGGGAAAUAACUUUUAAUAGGACAAAACAGCAAAAUGGUUUCAAAAUAAUUUACGUAUCUAAAUUCUUUACCAAAAUGAACCAGCUGCAAUCAAUCAUCAAUGAAUAUGGUCAGAGUUGGGGAUCUUUUGAAAUUGCUGACGAUGAUUACUUUAUCCAUGUUGACAAAAAUCGUUGGCAUCAAAUAUCGUUAGAAUUUUGGUGCCAAUACAAUACAAUUUUAGUCGGAUAUAAUCAAAAUAAAAUGAUACGAAUUCAUGGAUAUGAAAGCGAUAUUUUAAAGGCAAUAUCAGCUAUUCAUAAAUUAUUUGCUUCUCGAUUGAAAGAAAAAUCCGAUAUCGAAGUACAAGAAGUGAUUGCUAAAAACAUUCCAUGGUAUGCCGUCAUUGAUCAAUCUAAAGUCCAAUUUGAUAGUAAAUUGAAUUAUGAAAUUGUCAAAAACUAUGAGAUUUACUGCCACAAUAAGACCAAGAUGAUUUUUAAUGUGGAUUCCGGAAGAAAAUCGAUUGAUUAUAAAGAAAUGAUCAUUACAGUUGAUGGAAAGCAAUAUCCGAUAGGGCAAUUUGCAUCAUCAUGCAAAGAUAUCGCCGUACCUCCACAUUGGGAUACAGCUGAUGGAAUAACAGAUGGCUAUUAUCGUACUUUUGAUGUCACCAAUCCAAAAGAGCGAAAUGAAAUUUCGUUACUUCUUGGAAACCACCAAAUUCUCAGAUUAACACGCAUCCAAAACUGGAAUCUAUAUCGCCGUUAUCAAAUUAUGAAAAAAGAGGUUGAAAGUACAGUUCAGAAGUAUCAACCAGGGACUCAAGUCGAAAGAAAGUUGUUCCAUGGUACCACAACAGCAAAUACCGAUAUUAUAUGUAGGAAAGGAUUUGAUAGAGAUUUUUCAGGAAAAUCACGAGGUUCUGCACUUGGAACAGGGACUUACUUUGCUAUCUCUGCUACUACAUCUCUCUCUUAUGGGAAAACAUUAAUAAUAGCUCGAGUUCUAACAGGCGUUUACGCCAAUGCAGGUUGUAGCAAUAAGCCUAAUUUAUCCAUUAUCCCUGGAAGUAAAUCAGAACGAAUCCAUUCUGUCGUUGAUAAUAUGAAUAAUCCAUCUGUAUUUGUAGUAUCAAAUGAUAAUUCAGCUUACCCUGAAUAUAUUGUUCAUGUUUAA